AUGGAGGCGCCCUCGGUGCCGGCCGCUUCGGCGGCGGGAGCGUCGGGCCGGGCGCCCAUCAAAGGCAUCCUGAAGAAGGGCGGCGGCAAGCAGUCCGCGGGAGGCGCGGGGCCUGGGGCCCGGCAGGCCAGCCCGGCCCGCGACGACGACGAGCACGGUAAAAAAUCUCAGAAAUGGGACGAAAUGAACAUCAUAGCCACGUACCACCCAGCGGGCAAAGAUUAUGGCCUGAUGAAAAUCGAUGAGCCGAGUACUCCUUAUCACAGCAUGGUAGGAGAAGAUGAUGAAGAUGCAGUGAGUGAUUCGGAAUCAAAUGAGCCCUUAAGAGCAGAUGUGUUGAGUAAGAAGCUGGCUGCUGCAGCUGAGGGUAAAGGACCCAAGGUUAUAGCGAGGCAAGAGGAAAGCAGCGAGGAGGAGGAGGAGGAAGAAGAAUUAACACCUGAAGAACGAGAAAAAAAGAAACAGUUUGAAAUGAAGAGGAAAAUGCACUACAAUGAAGGACGAAACAUCAAACUUGCAAGACAGCUAAUUGCAAAAGAGCUACAUGGUGAGGAUGAAGAGGAGGAGGAAGAAGAUGAAGAGAUGCGUGAUGCUCCAGAUGUAGAAACAAUGAACACAGAAGCUAUCGAACAUGCACAUGCUACUCAUGACCAGCUGGAAAGCAGAGCACGCAGCAUAGAAGAAAUCUGUCCAGAACUGUAACUGCUUGUCAGAGACACGAACAUAAACACUGCUUCAUGACUUUUGCAAAUAAGGCUCUUAAAUAUUAAGAAGCAUAUCAGUUACAAUGUUGUGUUGCCAAGGUUGUUAAUUUUAGACUUGUCCAUUAGGCAGGAAAAAACUGUCUAAUUGAUUUAUUCCUGUGCCUAGUAUUUCAUGGAGAAUACUGCUUCAUAAUCUGUUCGACCGGAAUGGCGUUCCCUGUAUGUAUAAUGCUGAUUAUCUUGCAUCAUGUACUGUUACUCUUCAUGCUUUGAAACACAGACAGUAUCUGUUUUUUCACUAUUUAUUUGACAGUGCUCUAGGUGUGGUAUCUCUUAUGGAAGAGUUUGGGAUUCAAGAGCUUAACGGUACAGCAUAUAUCAAAUUGGCACGCAAGCUAUUUAUCAGGUUUGUUAAGCAAUUGAGAAAGGGAUGCAAGUUUUAUGUUUUUUUUUUUUUAUAAAAUAUUGACCUCUUAAACUAAACUUCAGUGUAUUGUUACUCGUAUUUUCCUAGACUCUAGAAGAAGAGUUGUGUAAUUUUUCAGAGCAGUGUUUGGAAUCGGUUAUUUGCUGUUGACUGUGAGGCAGUACUAACAUCUGGUGGAGGGAGUGUUUUACACUGGAAAUGUGCUAACUUGAACUUUGAAAUUAACUGUCACUUUCUCUUCCACUGGAUGUUUUCUUUUCUUAAAACCACACCAACUGUUAUUCUUUGGACUCGCUUCACGCUUUUAGUCUUUUCCAGUUGCAUGGAGAGUGCCUGUGCUGCUAGCACCUGAAAAGGAACAGCCAUGGAGGGAAAUCCACAUCAGGACCGAAGAUGGGCUGUGUUUAGACUCUGUCCUCUAUAUAAGGAUAACUGCUGAUGAUCUCACUUGGGGUUUGUAACCUGAAUACUGAAAACCACUGGUCUACAUCUUUCUGCAUCCAGUGAGACGUAGAGCAGCUGCUUUUGUACAGUGAAGGGUGUUUGAAAGGAUACAGAAGGGAAACUGCCUAAUUCAAAUACUUGUUUACAGUGCAGUCGUAGAGCCCUUGCAAAGAGUGGCUCCGAACCUCCACACUGCUGUAAACAGCGACGGAAUUUGACUGGUGAAUGUUCUAGUACUCAGAAUAGUUCCUGGGCUUUAUUACACGAAGUACACACUUAAGCUUAAGCUUGGUUAUGAAAUACAGUGUAUAUCUUAAUUUUAGUCUGAAUUUGAUAUGUUGCAAAAAUCCAUAUAAUUAAAUAUGGAUCUAUUUUAAAAUGUUUUUGUCCACUGUAUAUGUGACGUUUGAAUAAAGGAAUGAAAGUUAUUUUACAGAUA